UUGGAGCUACAUUGGAUUCAGGCUGGGAUUUUCUGACGCCGUAUGUUUUUCUUUAAAUAUCUGUUUUCGUACAUUGUUGGGGUUCGUCAACCGUGCGCGAUCGGCGCCGUAAUCGGCAGUGGAAAUGAUGAACUCCAGUGUCGACCUGUCCCGGCGGAAUCCGCAGGAGGAUUUCGAGCUGAUCCAGAGGAUAGGAAGCGGCACAUACGGAGAUGUGUACAAGGCUCGUAAUGUAAACACAGGAGAGCUGGCUGCUAUCAAAGUCAUCAAACUGGAACCCGGUGAGGACUUUGCAGUCGUGCAGCAGGAGAUUAUAAUGAUGAAGGACUGUAAACACUCCAACAUCGUUGCCUAUUUUGGCAGUUAUCUCCGAAGAGAUAAGUUAUGGAUCAGCAUGGAGUACUGUGGAGGUGGUUCUCUGCAAGAUAUCUAUCAUGUAACCGGGCCUUUGUCAGAAUCACAGAUAGCUUACAUGUCACGGGAGACCCUACAGGGUUUAUACUACCUGCACAAUAAAGGCAAAAUGCACAGAGACAUUAAGGGAGCCAACAUCCUCCUGACAGACAAUGGCUAUGUGAAACUAGCUGACUUUGGCGUAUCAGCCCAGAUCACAGCAACCCUAGCAAAGAGGAAGUCAUUCAUUGGAACACCUUACUGGAUGGCUCCUGAGGUAGCAGCGGUGGAGAGGAAAGGGGGUUACAACCAGUUGUGUGAUAUCUGGGCUGUGGGUAUCACUGCAAUAGAACUGGCUGAACUGCAGCCACCCAUGUUUGACCUGCACCCAAUGAGGGCUCUGUUCUUAAUGACAAAGAGUAAUUUCCAGCCUCCUAAGUUGAAAGAUAAAGUGAAGUGGACGAAUAACUUCCACCAUUUUGUCAAACUGGCUCUGACCAAGAACCCAAAAAAGAGGCCCACAGCUGAGAAACUGCUGCAGCACCCUUUUGUUUCCCAGCCUCUCAGCAGGACGCUAGCGAUUGAGCUGCUGGAUAAAGCCAACAACCCCGACCACAGCACCUUCAACGACUUUGAUGAUGACGACCCUGAGCCUGAGUCCCCGGUUCCUUAUCGUAUCCGCUCCACCAGCAGGAGCACCAGAGAAGGAAAAACACUGUCCGAGAUGAAAUUCGAUCAAGUGAAGUUUGAUAGUCUUUUGGAAAAGGAGACACAACCUCAUCAUGAACCGUGUGAUUCUGAGCCCUAUCUGGACUGUGUUGAGGAGCUCUACUAUACAGCAAGAUCUAAUCUGGAUUUGCAGCUGGAAUAUGGUCAAGAUUCAUCGCGUUUUUUGGGAGGAAACAAGAGUCUUCUCAAAUCGGUGGAGGAGGAGCUGCAGCAGAGGGGCCAUAUGGCACACUUAGGGGAUGAUGAGGAUGAGGAUGAUGAUGGUGCAGAUGAUGAUGAAACUCACACUCAUAAAUCAAGCACCAUCAUGAGGCCAAGGGUCCCACCCCCACUUCCUCCUAAGCCCAAAUCCAUCUCUUCACCCCAUAAUCAGACGCAACAAAAACACGAUGACAGCCACUCACACAGUGAAGAUGACGGUGGAGGGGGAGGGACCAUCAAGCGCUGCCCAGUGCCAGAGACGCCGAGCCCCGCCAAGCCCGCCUCCUAUGUCCCCCCGCGUCCCCCGCCCCCGAAGCUGCCGCCCCACCGCCGCAGUAGCCUAGGUAACGAGAGCCCGAAGCUCAAAGACGUCGAAAACUCUGCCACAGAGGAUGAUGGGAGCUUUAGGCAUUUCUGGGAGUGGCUCCACACGCCUCACACAGAGGAGGAGCUGGAGGAGGCGUGGGAGGUUCUCAAGGAGGUGAAAGAGGAGCAGGAAAAACAGGAGGAAAAGAAAGAGAGUAAUGGGCUGAACUCUCCCCACAAUGGCGAGAGGGCCAGCCCAGCAGAGAGGCAGUCCACCAUGCCACCUAGUGUCCCCAUACGGAAAGACAAGAAGGAUGUUCCGAAGCCAAUCAGUAAUGGUCUCCCCCCAACACCCAAAGUCCAUAUGGGUGCGUGUUUCUCCAAGGUGUUCAACGGCUGUCCCCUCAAGAUCCACUGUGCCACUUCGUGGAUCAACCCUGACACCAGAGACCAGUAUUUGAUAUUCGGAGCAGAAGAGGGAAUCUACACAUUAAACCUCAAUGAGCUACAUGAGACAACGAUGGAACAGCUCUUCCCUCGGCGGUGUACCUGGUUAUAUGUCAUGAACAACUGUCUUCUUUCCAUAUCUGGAAAAGCCUCUCAGCUGUACUCCCAUAGUCUAAGCGGUCUGUUUGAACAGGCCAGACAGUUACAGAAGUUACCAGUAGCCAUUCCCACACACAAGCUGCCUGAUAAGAUAAUUCCCAGGAAGUUUGCUGUGUCCAAUAAGAUUCCAGAGACUAAAGGGUGCCAAAAGUGCUGCGUAGUUCGUAACCCAUACACAGGCCAUAAGUACCUGUGUGGAGCCUUCCAGUCAAGUGUCAUGCUGUUGGAGUGGGUGGAGUCAAUGCAGAAGUUCAUGCUCAUCAAGACUAUUGACUUCCCACUACCCUGUCCGUUGGAGGUCUUUGAAAUGUUGGUGGUCCCUGAACAGACCUACCCUCUCAUCUGUGUCGCAGUCAGUAAAGGAACUGAACUCAGCCAGGUGGUUCGAUUUGGCACAGUCAAUCCCAACUCUACCUCCUCCUGGUUCACAGAAGCAGAAACCCCACAGACAUGUGUGAUCCAUGUCACUCAGCUAGAGAGAGACACGAUCCUAGUCUGCCUCGACAGGUGUAUAAAGAUAGUGAAUCUCCAGGGUCGGUUGAAAUCCAGCAGAAAGUUGUCAGCCGAGCUCACCUUCAACUUCCAGAUUGAAAACAUCGUUUGCCUACAAGACAGUGUAUUGGCCUUUUGGAGACAUGGCAUGCAGGGACGGAGUUUCAAGACUAAUGAGAUCACUCAGGAGAUCUCAGACAGCACACGCAUCUUCAGACUACUGGGAUCAGACAGGGUGGUGGUGCUGGAAAGCAGGCCUACGGACAACCCUACUGCCCACAGCAACCUCUACAUCCUGGCAGGCCAUGAAAACAGCUACUGAGACAUGCACACUAACAUACGUGCACAUAAAACACGCUCUGUAGACACCCCAGCAUUAGUACAGGAAAGGGAGUAAGCGACACACUCAUCCCAACUCCACUUUUAUCCCACCCCGCCUUCAUCUUCUCACCUGGCCCGACUAGCAGUGUGUCUGGGAGAUGUUCAUCAGUGCACAUGCGGAAUCCCAGUUGCAGCGUUUUAUAAAGAACUGCAGUGUUAUGUGUAUCAGUGAAGUGUGCGUGUGGCGUUAGAGCAGUGGGUUGUAGACCCGUUUCUGACAGGGUCAGGGUUUUAAAACUCCUGGCCUGAGGCCGCUUUAGAUCGGGAUAGCCAGCUAAAUCUCUGGCCCCUUCCCUCUAUCCUGGAUACAUCACACUGGGAACAAUGUCUAGCACGGAAAUUUGACUCCAACACUACUUCUACUACUACUACUUCUACAUAUGCUACUAACACUACUGCUACUGCUACUGCUACUGCUGUUUGCGCUAAAGCUUCACAGAAGGGUCAUCUUGCACAGAAAACCUACCCUUCUUCUUCAUUGCUCCUCCUUCCUUUUUUCCUUACUUGUCCCUUUUUUUAAAAAAAACUACACCUUUAUUUAUUUUGGCAUGACAUGCUUUUAACAACCAGGAUGACUUUCCUGUUUUUAUUUGUUGUCUUUUUAAAAAAUAAAAAAAAGAAAACCAACUAAAAAGCUUUGCCACUUUCGCUAGCAUCAAAUUCCAAUACUCGUCACCACACAAGUGCUUAAUUGACCUCUAUUUAAUUGUUGUAAAUAUAAGUGUAUUUUUGACAGAGACGAACACUAAAAGGGUUGUGUAGAUAGGUGUGUGUAUAGUUGGUCUGUACAACUGUGGAGACGAAACGCGAGACAAAUAGGCACGUUGCGACAGUAAAUUCACUUCCUAGUUUCUUGAUCAUGUGACUAAAGUCAAGAGAUAAAUACCCCUGCAGUCUCACAGGCGAACAUCUUUAGUAAUCUGAUAUUACUCUUCUCAUGGCGUGGACCUCAGGAUCAAAUUGAGCGAACGCAGGACACCGAUUGGCCGUUUUUCACUCUCAGCGCGUCGCUGUCAUAACUUCCUGCUUGUUUUCAUCACAUGACCGUCAUCAGGGUGGACGAAAAUGAUCAUUUCUGCUCGUUUCAUUUUGUUUCUUCUUUUAUUUUUUAAUCAGAAAUCUUUGUUUAUUCUUUAGCAAUAUAUAUUUUUUUUGCUAUUUUUAUUGAACCACUGGUGUUACAAAUUUGCACAGAGAAAAAUGUAUUUCAUAAACAAAUGUGAUGUCAUUAUAAUAUAUGACCUUGUGUGUGUAUGCACAGUGUGUAUGUGUGUGCGCGUCUGUGUGCGUAGACAUAGAAUAUGCACAUAUAAGAGUGUCAUGUACAGAUCUGGUCUUUAACAAGUGACAAGUUUCUGGCCAUAUUUAAAAAAAAAAAAAAAAAAAGCAUCAGCAGAUAAGAAAAUACAAAAAAAAAGUUGGAUAUACAGAAAUAAAGUCAUUUAAUUAUAUCGGGUUAGGCUGAAAUCUAAUUAGCUUUUAGCCCAUUGGACAGAAAUAAUGUGUUUACAAAGUAAAAUGCAAUCAUCUGCAGCCAGCCUGUGUUCCACAGUCACACGGAGACUGAACAGCGACCCACAGCCGCUGGUCACUAGAGAAAAGUUAGCCCUAGUGUUUUCUGACCAGUUAAUUAGUGGUUGCUGGUUGCUAGGUGAAACUGGUCACAAAGAAGUACAGCGCUUUUACAGAUUUAUUAGACCACCACCCAAUGUAAGGUUUAUGCCACAGCUGCUUUACUGUUUUAUAAAAACUGUUACAGUUACAGUUAUUUGCUCACAUUCCUGAGCAGAAAAAUUAGUUGUUGAAUGUUUAGUUUGAUUCAGUGUGCAGGCUUAAAUUUGGGUAUAAAAGCAAUAGUUGCCUCCUUUAAAAAAUGGUGUUUGCUGUGAUGAAGCACAACUUAAUUUGUGGAUCUACCAUCCAAACUAUGGGUAACUGCAGCGGUGUACUACCAACCAAAAGCAAUCACAAGACGUUUUUUUGUGCAGCACCCUAUUUGUAACCAGUCUCAGCUAGCAACAGUCUGAAAUCACCAGCAACCAAGUGAUUUCCAACCGGUGAGCCACCGUUGUAACACAGGCAACUCUAAACUAAAACAACAUUGCUGAUAGGCUAUAGUACAUUUCACUACACUGAACAAUAAACAGUAGCGGGUUACCAGUGAAAUAAUGCAAUAACAAUAACAGCAUGUAUGUGGUGUUAACAGUGCAUCCACAUCCAAAUAUAUUACUCUCCAUAUUGUGGUAUUGAGUGGUGUAGCCUGUAGCGUUAUGAAUAAUGGUUUGCUGGUUUAAAUAUGGUGCAAAGGCUUGCUCAAAAAUCGAGUCAGACUCAUUAAUAGAAAUUUCUGUGUAACACCUUUUUUUUCCUGUAUUCCUGAGAAAUAUUUGCAGAAGUUUUCAUUGUCAGCUGUGACUUUUUUUUUUUAAAGACCCAUAUCUGUAUGAGAGCUCACACUACAUGCAUGUAGAUGCGCACUGUCUGUUGUGUAGAAGAGUCUACGUGUGGCAGUACACUACCGUUUAGUUUUCCAAGCUGUGACACUAGAGGUUCCUUCUGAGGACACCAGUGUAGAUGAACCUGAGAUACCAUGCGUAAUUCUGAAAUCUGAGACAUUUGCCUGUCGAAUGGUUCACGUUCUCAAAGCUUCUCUCUGAAUUUUUUUCCCCAUAUUUAUAGGCUAAAGCAAAUAAUUAAAAAAUGCAGUAAAUCGAUCAAAGUGAAUAUAAGCGACUCUUUAUCAGAUCAACACGUGACACUGAAAAUUGAAAAUAAAAUUUAUUACAGGCUGCAAAUCCUGCUUCAGCAACCUUGUGGUUUGUAGUGCAUCUCUGUCCCAGAGAUGAGGCACAGCAGCGGCUGCAGCAUUGUCUUUUAACUGUUCAGGAGAAUUGAUUUCAUCUGUCACAAGUCUGAUUAAAGAGAAAUCUUGCCAUUCUUUGGGACUGACAAUUGAAAGUUUCACCACGACUAUUUGUUACCACCUGUAAAGAGUAAAACCACACAAACUAUUCAUAACGUUUUCAUCCGAUGUAUUCGUGGACACAUCUGGAAUCAUCUUACUAGACUCCAGUUCGCUGUAAAGCAACAGGAUCAAGUGCAGAACGGUUGAACUCAGUGUGAGAAUAGAAAUGCUCUGCCCUUUUUCUUUCAGCAAACAAUAACAUGUAUCGAUUUUACUAUGAAUUGCCUGCAAAGUGCAUUAGUGUCCCAGGUGAUUGAUUUAGCCAUUAAUGAAUACAUGUGCUUCCUGCCAACAACCGUGAUUAUAGACUGGGAGUCAUUUCAAAGCUGCAGCCAAGUCCUUUAUUAAGUUAUUUAAGCCAAACUCUGUUACUUAUUUUAAAAAAGAUUAAGCCACAAUAAUCAUAUUUUUACCCUUUAAGUUAUGAAUUCAAGUUGAUUGAUUUUCCUCACUUGAGUGGUUGAAAUGCCAGUGUCAUCAUCAACCCCGCAUGACCAGCCUCUUAGUGAAUCGUACUAUUUUAGAGGGGAAAUGAAUCAAGCAUUCCGAAAAUAUUUCACUCUUCAUUUUUGUAAUGCUAAAAUAUGUUGUUGAAACUUCUUCUGGCCAUAUUUAGAAAAUCUACCUCGUGGUAUCUAGAUCAAAGAAAAAAAAAGUCUAAUACUAAAGACAGCCAUCAGCAGCACAUGAGGUUAGCGUUCAACCAUGUUCUCUAAACUUGCUCUUAACUGUCUGUGUCCUUUCAGCUGAUGUGUGUAAAUGAAAAAAAAAUCAUUUAGCUGAAAAUGGCUUUCUCAGUGUGAGGUUUUCUCAAAAUAUCCAUCUCAAAUAAUUCUUAAAUAUCAGAGCUUAACACUUCUAUGUAUCCUCUUAGCUGCACACCCAACGUCUAUAAUGUUUCAACAUGGCUGGAAAAGGUGAGGUGGGGGGGGGGGGGGGUCUGUUCCUGCACCCCUAACCACCUCUGCCUAUUCUUUCCUGUUAAAAACAUUUAAGUUUGGAAAAUCUGUCUAUUUAGCAUAACAAGAAGAUUUAUGUGGGAUUGAAUGAUGUUUUCUUCUUUCUGCCAUCAUGCACACAAGCGUAAUCUAUAAUCCUUAGAGCAGGUGCCAACAUGGCCUUCCUUUGUGGGUUUUUGCUGAAAUGUUAAAAGUCUGUGUUUUAUAACCUCAACUGGGCCUGGAUCAAAUCGCAUGUAGAAUAAGUCACGGAGACAUUUAAUGUGCUUGGAGUUGGGGAUUGUUUUCUCCAACAGAAGAAAUACCCCCCCACCCCCGGGUGUGCCUGGUGCCCAGAGCAGAUUCAUAGAAGUCGUUUUGAGUUAUUUACGAAAGCCGUUUGAUCCGGGUCUCAUCCCUAUCUUAAACAAAACACAAUACGUCACCUCUGUUCUGUGGCUAUUUCAUCACCUUUGUCUUCUGUUUUCAUAUUGCGAUGCAUAUGUUAUGUAAUGUAUAUAGUGUAAAAUAAAAUGGGUUUGUUUUACAUACUGUAUAAUUGCCUAUAUUUUGUUUCAGAAGUGUAACAGAUUUAUGAGAUGACAGGUUAACACAUUAAAAAGAUGGAACUGAA